UCUCUGAAGAGUUUAAAAUUGAGUGUUUCUAUAGCUUCCUCAUAGUGUCGACAUGGUUUGGGAGAAAGAUCCUUUGGUGCAAAAAGUGUGCGAGUUGUAUGAUCAAAUCUCGAGCCUCGAGAGUCUCAAACCUUCCAAGGAUGUCAACAUGCUCUUCACACAACUUGUCCUCACAUGCAUGCCACCAAGCCCUAUUGAUGUUACCAAGCUCUGCAAAAGAGUUCAAGAAAUCAGGUUUAAGUUGAUUCGACUAUGUGGGGAAGCUGAGGGUCUCCUUGAGAGCCAUUUCUCAACCAUCUUAGGAUCCUAUGAAAACCCUCUUCACCAUCUCAACAUUUUCCCUUACUAUUCUAACUAUCUUAAGCUUAGCCUACUUGAAUUCGAUAUUCUUAAAAAACACUGCUCAGAUUAUGUCCCUAUCAAAGUUGCCUUUGUGGGUUCUGGUCCUCUUCCUCUCACUUCAAUUGUCUUGGCUUCUUUCCAUCUCACUACCACCUCUUUCCAUAACUAUGAUAUUGACCCUUCAGCAAAUUCCAAGGCUCUUCAAUUGGUUUCAUCCGACCCUGAUUUAUCUGAAAGAAUGUUCUUUCACACCACGGACAUAAUGGAUGUUACAUAUGCUUUGAAAGACUAUGAUGUUGUUUUCUUGGCGGCUCUUGUAGGGAUGGACAAGGAUGCUAAAGUUCGAGUCAUUGAUCAUUUGGCUAAGUAUAUGGCCCCCGGGGCAGUUUUAAUGCUGAGGAGUGCUCAUGGUGCUAGGGCUUUCCUUUAUCCAGUUGUUGAUCCUUGUGAUCUAACAGGAUUUGAGGUCCUCUCCGUAUUCCAUCCUACUGAUGAAGUUAUUAAUUCAGUGGUCAUUGCUCGUAAAGUUCCAACUACAAAACACACCGUUGAGAACCCUAAACUUCCCAACAAGUGCUCGGACAUUGAUAUGUUCAGUCCCCUACUCAACCAUGUGAACCUGAUCGAGGAACUUGAUAUCGAGGAUCAACUCUCCUGAUCGAAUUGCCCCUUUUUAACUCUCAUCAUCACGUGUUCUUCUAUUAGGCCAAUUGGAUCCUUACAUUUUUCAUUUGAUUUUCGGCAAUGUUUUUGCUUAUCUACAAAUUAUAUAUCUACUAUGGAUUCUCUGUCUUUUCAUAUUGAGUAUUAAUAAAUUAGAAGAUCCAAUUCAGCCCCAUGAGGUUCAAAAA